GAAACAGCAAGCCCGCUCUCUCUUUACGGCCCAAUCAGAGUAUCAGACAGCCGUGCCCGGUCCGGCUCUCCAAGCAUUGUUGGACCGUCACGCUCCAUCGUUCUUCUUCUCCACCUCUCUGACUCUGGCUCUCACUCCGGUCUUCUUUCUCUCACCAUAGCUGUUUUUCAUGAAUCAGACAGCCUCCAAUUUGGAGAUCCAGACAAACUUAGUUUGGAUUAGAAAGGACGAAGAAGACUCAAUUCCUGCAGAUACUGCAGAUACUGCAGAUACCAUACCUCAAACGAUCCGUCUGUUCUUCUUCUUUUAGAUCUGUGUUUUCAGAAAUUCAAACAAAAAGGGUUCUUCGCUUUCUUGAUCCCUUAAUAUGCGGGAUUUAUUUACAUCUUCAAUUCAAUCCGGAAGCUAACGUAACUGGUUCUAUUGAAUUCUGACAAGUGAUGGUUCGUCGAUUCUGAGCAUGGAUCUACAACCUUCCCCAUCUCAAUCGGGAAGGUCGUCCACGGACUCUCUUGGCAAUAUCAAGAGCGGAAUUGAACGUACCAGUUCUUCAUCCUUGGCAAAAUCAAUCUCCGAUGCGGGAGGCCAGAGUCUUUCCUCCAUCCUUAAUAAUCCUCACAGUGGCAAGUCCGGUAUCUAUGUCUCUGACGCUUGGGUUGGCUGGUGGUCUUCCUCCUCUUCGUCUGUUGCUGUUCCUGAAUUCUCUCCACUAGUAUCCACCAAGGCAGCUUCCAACGUCUCCAGAUCAGAUUUUAAUCAAUAUUUGUCCUCCGUUUCAGAGCAAUACAGCCGCUUCGAAGACAUCCGCAACCAUUCGAGCAAGGAGGGUCUUGAUUUGGAUGGCAUUGGUGGCCAGGGUGAAGCGCUUGUAGCAUGCCUGCGCGAGGUGCCAGCUCUCUACUUCAAGGAAGAUUUUGCAUUGGAAGAUGGUGGCACCUUUCGAGCGGCCUGCCCCUUCUCCAACGUAUCGGACAACCUGGGGCUGCAGGAGAAGCUCUCGCAUUAUCUUGAUGUGGUGGAGCUCUACUUGGUGAAAGAGAUUUCUCUUCGGUCAAAUUACUUCUUCGAGGCACAGGGACAGCUGCAGGACUUGAAUGUGAAGAUUGUGGAAGGGUGUAAUCGAAUUCAGGAGUUGAAAAAGACCAUAAGCCUUCUGGAUAAGGAUAUAGUGGACUCAGCAAGGCAAAUUCAGGAACUGAACGAGACAAGGAGUAAUUUGUUGGCUCUGCAGCAAAAAUUAAGGCUUAUUUUAUAUGUUAACCAGGCAGUCUCGGCUCUAAAAUUGCUUGUCGCAUCUGCAGAUUGUGCUGGAGCUCUGGAUGUAACUGAUGCUUUGCAAAAUCUAUUGGAUGGAGAUGAGCUCAGUGGGCUGCAUUGUUUUCGCCACCUUCGACAUCACGUUGCAGCUUCUAUCGAUUCUAUAAACAGUAUCCUUUCAGUAGAAUUUAUGCGCACUUCAAUACAUGAAGUCGGGGAUACAGAUGUGGUUAUUUUAUCAAAAACGAAAGCUAGGGCUAUCAUUCCCAUGAAUGGCAAAGAUGACGAGUUUGAGCUGGAUGAGGAAGAGACCUCUACUUUCCGAGACCGUCUUCUCCCACUCAUCAUUGGCCUUCUUAGAACAGCUAAGCUCCCAUCUGUGUUGAGGAUAUAUCAAGAUACACUUACUGCUGAUAUGAAAAGUGCUAUAAAGAAUGCAGUUGCAGAGUUGCUUCCUAUUCUCAUUGCUCGAUCACUGGGCCUGGAGUCAGAUUUUAUUCCCGGAGAACGAACAGGGGAUUCUGCAGAUGGUGGAGGCUCAUCCCUUGCGAGCAAGUUGAGGAGCCUGUCAUCUGAAAGCUUUGUUCAACUUUUGGGUGCUAUUUUCAAGAUUGUAGAGGCACAUUUAGUGCGUGCUGCUGAAGUGAAAAGAUCCAUUGAGUGGAUUAUGUGCAACCUUGAUGAUCAUUAUGCUGCUGACUCUGUCACUGCUGCUAUUGCACUUGGUGCUGCUGCUGCUGCAGAAACAUCACAAGAUGGUGUUGGUUCACCAUUGUCAGUUCUCCAACAUUCCACUCAGCGAAAUGCUAGCAAGGUUCCUUCACUGCAGGGGAAAACAAAUGAUGUAGCAAAUCCAUCAAAUAUGUCUAGAAACUUCAGAGCUGAUGUUUUGCGAGAGAACACAGAAGCUGUGUUUGCGGCAUGUGACGCAGCUCAUGGAAGAUGGGCGAAGCUCCUUGGGGUCCGUGCUAUUCUCCAUCCUAAGUUGAGAUUGCAGGACUUCUUAAGCAUAUUUAAUAUCACCCAAGAGUUUAUAACUGCUACAGAGAAGAUAGGUGGAAGAUUGGGAUAUAGCAUUCGAGGCACACUGCAGUCACAGGCCAAAGCUUUUGUUGAUUUCCAACAUGAAUCACGGAUGACAAAAAUUAGGGCAGUGCUGGACCAAGAAACAUGGGCUGAAGUAGACGUGCCUGAUGAAUUUCAGGCUAUGAUUAAUUCACUAUUUUGUUCUGAAGAGCUAAUUUCUGGGAACCUAGAUGAUACUGAAGCUAAUUUGACAGCAAGCGGCAGUGUACCCAUAAGAAAUGAUGGUUCACUCAUUGCAGAUACUGAGCCACUGAAUACCCAACAUCAAAAGGAAAGAACUGGUUCUGAAAUGUCCAUGGAAGAUAAUGCAGUUGUGAAAUCCUCUCCUGUGGGUGUGACAAACGGAAGAAAUAAAGUUGAUGCUGUGACAUCCUUGGCUCAAAAUACGAAUAAUAACUUAAAGGAGCGUGGAAAAUCUGGUGCGCAAACCCUUUUCUAUGGAGGAGUUAAUUAUCACAUGGUAAACUGUGGCUUAAUAUUGCUGAAGAUGUUGGCGGAGUACAUUGAUAUGAAUAAUUUUCUGCCAACGUUGUCUUCUGAAAUUGUUCAUCGUGUUGUGGAGACUUUAAAAUUCUUCAACACAAGGACUUGCCAACUUGUUCUUGGUGCUGGUGCCAUGCAGGUGUCUGGUUUGAAGUCCAUUACUGCUAAACACCUGGCCCUUGCUAGUCAAGUAAUCAGUUUUACAUAUGCCAUUAUUCCUGAAAUCAGGCGAGUUCUUUUUCUUAAAGUACCUGAGAUGAGAAGGGCAUUAUUACUAUCCGAGAUUGAUAGAGUAGCACAGGAUUACAAGGUUCACCGUGAUGAAAUACAUACAAAGCUUGUUCAAAUAAUGAGAGAAAGAUUGCUGUUUCAUGCACGUGGGCUGCCUCAGAUUGUUGAGAACUGGAACAGACCUGAAGAUGCUGACUCCCAGCCCAGUGAGUUUGCUCGAGCUCUAACAAAAGAAGUUGGCUAUCUUCAACGUAUCCUAUCACGAAAUUUACUUGAGUCGGAUGUUCAAGCUAUUUUCAGGCAAGUCGUUAUAAUAUUCCAUUCACAAAUUUCAGAAGCAUUCUCACGAUUCGAGUUCAAUACUCCGCAAGCGAAGGAUAGGCUGCAUCGGGAUAUUAAACACAUCCUUGGAUGCAUUCGAUCAUUACCCUCGGAUAAUUUAAGUAACUCCGGUACCCCUAACUGGGGGCAACUUGAUGAUUUUUUUGUUAAAAUUUUUGGAGCUGAAGGCUGAAGCUGGUUGAUAGAGUUAAUGGUUUCUUUCUUGAAGAAUAUAACCUGAUUUUAAUGGAACUGUUGGAGAUGUCAGAUCCAGUCUCAGCCUGCACACUUUCGUUCUAUAAUAUCAUUGAGAUGUCGGAUGAUCGUCUGUGGCUUGCUAACGAAAUGCGAAUUUUCCAGGUGGUUUGAUUGUUAAGGUGGAUAAUGGAUAGGAAGAUAACGAGUAUCGAAUUCAUUGUUGCGGCAUUGAAGCCCUUGUUGAAGCAGAAAUUUUGUUGUGAUUACAGAGUGUAUACAAUUCUCUGUUGUUUGAAAUAGUAAACAAGAAAAUAGCCUGGCUCUCUCUCUAGUUUGUUUUAUCCAGUUUUUAUGAUUGUCAAUUAUAUUGCCCACAUAAUUGUAAUUUGCCAUUAAUGAGAUCACCAGUUUCUUUUAUCUUUUUUUUUCAUUCCAACUAAUUGUGCUAAGAGACUUGAGAGUAAUUUGAAAAAAAAACCAUUGCUUCUAAUGGUUAAGUCA